UCGCGGGGGGAAAAAAUGGCUGCUGCCCUCAGCAGGCGGUGAGGUUGCUGCGGAGGGGGAAGCCGCGAUGCUGUUUUUACGGAGGUCUGCCGGGCGGGUGCCGCGCUGGGUGCCCUGUGGGCAGCAGCGCCGCACCAAGAUGCACUACGGGCCUAAACUUCCCAAGGGCCCGCUGCCUCGCACUCCCUGGACGGGUCCGGUGAUCAUCUUGUCUAUUGCAUUUAAAGAUGGAAACUUCAGUUAUUCCAUGAAACAGAUGGGCAGAGUAAAGCAAGCAUCAUGGCUAACGAAGACAAAGGUAAUAGAUGGUUUACCUCUGCGAAUACUUAGCAUAAUGACUGACACAGCUAAUCAACUGGAAAAUCAGGAUGAGAGAGUCCUAAAUGCAAUAUCUCAUGCACGCUUCUGGGUUAGCAGUGAGGAGGAAAUCAUGGAAGAAACUUAUUGCCCCGUACUUCUGGAAGACUUGCUUCACCUGUGCAGAUCUAUGGCUACUAAACAUCCCUUGCUGGCCAAACGAAUGGUGGCUCAAGACUACAGAGUGUCAGCUACAUGGGAAAGAGAAUCUAUCCUUCUUCAGAUUCGUGGUGUCAAUGGGAAGCUUUUGAAUGCUAUGAAUCCUUUAGAACCUGUAGCAUCUAAGGAUGAGAUAUUAGCCACUGAAAACGAUGUUUUAGAAACCUUAUAUCCUAUUGCACCUACAAUAGACCUUCAAGAAGUUAAUAAAUAUGAAACAAAAAAUGAUACAGGUUUCCGAACGGGUUACCCAUAUCCUCAUCCUCACACUAUAUAUUUUGCUCAUGGUGAUAAGUACCAUAGAAUGAGACCAGAACAGCUACGGGCUAAAAUGUUGAUGUUUGCUUUUGGGAAUGCUCUGGCUAAGGCCAGGGUACUUUAUGGGGAUGAACCCAAGGUCUUGGAGAAACCCAUUGUUGUCCAGAGUGUUGCCACAAAUGGCCAGAGUUUCCAGUUCGUGGUGUUCCAGUUAAACACAACUGAUUUAGAUCCCAGCCAUGGUGUAAAAAACUUGGCCUGGAUUGAUGCAGACCAACUUCUAUAUGAAGACGCCAGGAAUCGUCCAGAAAUCCGGAAGAAAAUUGUCACGAUUCCUGCUGGAGGACAUGGCUAUCAGCCAGUUACAUUCAAGAAGUUCCUGGCAUUCUACUUGCAUGGUGUUGUCUGAGGUGUCUCAAAAAGUCUUUUAAUUAACCUGCCUCCAUCAUGUUUCCUUUUGUGACACUGGGCUUAUACUGUAUUAAUGGCUAGAGGGUAUUUAAUUUUUGCAAAU